AUGUGGGAAUCGUCGCUAUCCGGGUUCGACGACGACAGUGUCGACGAGACGGCGACGUCGAUGCGUCCGCUGCCCAACGUGAAGCCAUUCGUGCCGCGUCGCUCGCCGCGAAUGCCCAAAUACUCAGACACAAUUCUUCACACGUAUUCGUGUCGAAAAAUAUCGAGCUCAAUUCCGGCGCCACUCGAUCGCCGUCAGGGGAGAAGCUGCGAGUUCAACACCAACAACGACGAUGAUCGCCAUGAUCGUUUCGAUAAUCCGAUAGCGCAGGUUCGUCCCGUUUUUUGA